AAUAUUCUACAUGUUCCUGCGCCGAAGCCCAAAAGCAAAUUAAGCUAUUAGAAAAUCUCAACAACCAUGGCUACUCUCUCCCCUCUCUCUUUCUUGGCCACAACCAAGGUCUCUGCAUCCUCGCCAUCCUUGCUUCCAUCCUCCUCCAGAAAACCCUCCAAAGCCAGCCACCGAAUUGCAAAGGUGUCAUGCAAUGCUAGCAACCCUGAAGGAGAACCACAAAACAACAGGAGGGAUGUUCUGGUUGGCCUGGGAGGACUGGGGGCGGCGGCCGCCACUUUCUCCUACAACCCUUUGGCCUUGGCGGAUGCGGUGGCCACCGACGUACACGCUUGCAACAAGCCAAGCCUUCCCCCAGGCGCAAAGCCCAUCGCGUGUUGCCCUCCAAACUACGAAAACAAAGAACCCAUUGAGUAUGUUAUCCCAAAGUACACAAGCCUAAGGAUUAGAACACCUGCUCAUGAUUAUGCUGACUUAGACAAGUACACGAAAGCCAUUACCAUCAUGAAAUCUCUUCCAGACGAUCACCCUCACAGUUGGACUCAACAGUCUAGGAUCCACUGUGCUUAUUGCCACAACUCUUAUACCCAAGUGGGUCACAAAGGCGUUGAAAUGCAGGUCCACUUUUCUUGGAUCUUUUUGCCUUUCCAUCGCUGGUACCUUUACUUCUAUGAGAGAAUCUUGGGGAAGUUGAUCAAUGAUCCCACUUUUGCAUUGCCCUUCUGGAACUGGGAUGCCCCUGAAGGCAUGGAGAUGCCUGCAAUAUUCACAGACAGGAGAUCCCCACUCUACAAUGCUCUGAGGAACCAGAACCAUCUACCACCAACGCUCGUAGACUUGAACUGGAAUGGUAGGAGCACGGGUGUUGAUGGGAGUGGUGACGUGGAAGCCAACCUGGCAACAAUGUACAGACAAGUGUACGAAGUGAAGAGGCCAUUAUGCUUCUAUGGGAAGCCUUACCGGGCCUGGAUCCAUAGAGUUGGUUCCUCACAACACGGUUCAUAGUUGGACCGGUGAUAAAACUCAGCCUAACAUUGAGGACAUGGGAGCUCUCUAUUCUGCUGCCAGAGACCCCAUCUUCUACUGUCACCACGCCAACAUCGACAGAAUGUGGAGCGUCUGGAAAUCCUUCGGAAGAGAGGACAUCACCGACCCUGACUACCAGAACGCCAGCUACGUCUUCUAUGACGAGAACCUCAACCUUGUCACCGUCAAGAACAGUGACGCCUUCGACACCAAGAAGCUAGGCUACGAUUACAAACAGCUGGAUCUUCCAUGGCUGAAAUACAAGCCCACGCCACGUAGGACUAAGGCGCAGAGGCACGGACGGAAAGUGAAGAAGCUGGAUUUGCCGUUCACGUUGAAGGAUAAGAUAGUGAGCACCGUUGUGAAGAGGCCGCAGACAAAUAGGAGCCAGCUGGAGAAGGACGAGAAGGAGGAGUCUCUGGUGUUCACGCUUCAGUUCGAUAGGACGAAGCAUUUGAAGUUCGAUGUGUUGAUCAAUGAAGAAGAGGAUUACAAGUGGGCCAACCCUAAGUACAGGGAGUUUGCUGGAAGCUUCGUGAAUGUGUCUCAUGCUGGUCAGGACGGCGGCGCCACCGAGACCACAUUCACCGUUGGCAUAACGGAUCUGUUGGAGCAGUUGGAUGCUGAUGAUGACGACACCAUUAUCGUCACUCUUGUUCCACAGUACGGAGAUCAGGUUAUUAUUAAGGAUAUCAAGAUUAGUUUUGAAGAAUGUAGGUUACGUUGAGCACGUGCCUUCGUUUAUUAGUUUCCUUUUCCUUCAAUAAUUUAAGUUACUAAUAGUCAUGACUCCAUUAUCAGGGGUUCUUCUCUUUUCUCUAGUCUUUUUGUUUUCCUCCAGUAAAACGAAGCCUCAUUUGUUGAUGGCAAGCACAAGAAUUCCAGUGAAUUUAGUUAAUGUUAUGUUUUCAUUCUCAAACUUUAUGUCUCAUUUUUUUAUCAUGUAUGGCUUUUGUUAGUGAAAAUACACCAUGUUUCAUUUUU